AUGGUGGAAGGAAAGAUAGACGAGUUUAUGGCCAUCACGGGCGCUGACGACGCUGCCAUUGCCACCCAAUUCAUCGAGAUGGCAGACGGUAACUUGGAUACUGCCAUAUCAUUGUUUUUCGAGAACGGUGGAGCUGCCUUGCUGAGCAGUAACAAUACCCCUGCCCCAUCCAAUUCGGCUUCAGCGGUUCCUAUUUCUGCAGACGCAGAUUCAGAUGCACAAUUGGCUGAGAGGCUGCAACGGGAAGCUUACCAACAGCAACAGCCAGAUCACGAUUACGUGAGGCCCCCUGAUGAAGCGAGACACGAAGUACUAACCGAGACAGCAGGGUUCCAGACUUCUUAUCCCGGUAUCGGCGGAGGGUUCGAGCCAUUGCAUAGAGUCAACGAUAUGUUUGAUGAAAGAAGACCCGAGAGCAUCUUCAAUCAGCGAUUGGACGAUACAACUACCGAUACUUACAUUAACGAUGACUCUUCAGACUCCCUGGAGAUAUCUGAAGAUGAUGACGACGAUGAAUACGAGUACGUGGAAGAACCAGUUAUUGAGCUCGACGAAGACGGCAACAUCAAGGAGUACACCAAGUUGGUCAGAAAGCCCAAGUUUAUCUCCAAGGAGCAAAAGCUAGCUUUGUUAUUCAAGCCCCCAUUCUCAAUCAUGUCCAAGCUAGACUUAGACGCAGCAAAGCAAAAGGCAAGAAGUAAGCAAAAAUGGAUAAUGAUUAACAUCCAGGAUUCAGGGAUCUUUCAAUGCCAGGCCCUCAACAGAGACCUGUGGUCGUCCAGACAGAUUAAAACUUUGGUCAAAAAAAAUUUCAUUUUCUUGCAGUAUCAAUUUGAAUCUCGUAAUGCUCAGCCUUACCUACAGUUCUACCACCUAAAUAACAAGGAUGAUUUACCACACAUCGCCAUACUGGAUCCAAUUACUGGUGAACGUGUUAAGCAAUGGAAUAGGACCGUCCCUGCUGCAGAACAAUUCAUUUCGGAAAUAAAUGAGUUCUUGACUUCAUUUUCACUGGACCCGAGGGUUUCCAAUCCAACGGUCAAUGAGCCUUUACCUAAAUUAGAUCCAACAACUUUAACCGAGGAACAGCAAAUGGAACUAGCCAUUCAAGAGUCGUUAAAUAAUAAUACCACUCAAUCAGACAAAGAACAAGUACCGAAGACGGAUCAAGAGCUGAAAGAAACACACGAGAUCGAUCCAUUCGAUACCGUAGAGGCCAAAUCGCAUCCCGAACCGCCCAAUAAACCAGGAAUCACCACAAGAGUCCAGAUACGUACCGGGGACGGGUCUAGGCUAGUCCGCAGAUUUAACGCUCUGGAAGACACCGUGCGUACUAUUUAUGAAGUCAUCAAGACAGAAAUGGAUGGUUUUGCAGAUGCAAAAUUCGCCCUGAACAAUCAUCAAAGAGAGGAUUUGAUUGACAAAUUGGACAUGACCAUAGCCGACGCUGGUUUGAAAAACAGUUCCCUGCUACUAGAGAAAAUAGAGUCCGAGUAA